AUGAGAAGCAAACAACUUCCAACCUUAAAAACUUCACGCUCUCAGCCAGAAUUAAGAAGAGACUCUCUUUCCCCUCAGUCUGAUAAGAACUCUUUGUCACCUCGGCAUGAUCCGUUUCUCAGUUUAUCUCGAAAUGGGUCGGCAAAGCUAUUACCGGUAUGUCCUUCAAGUUUGCGAAUCCCUGGAUCUACACAAAGAUCUCCACGAAAUUCCCCAGACGUUUUUACAUUUACCUCAAAACACCUUCUUCCUCCACUGAAUCCACGUAGAGAACCCCAAACCUGCCCAACAAGAAAAGUUGAGCUACCUUUUUCAAGGCCGACAAAAAAUAUGAAACGGUUAAAUACACCCUGCUUCGGCUCAUCAGGAAGUGAAUCAGCUGAGUCUGGGAGUACAAUGCUCACUAUAGAUGAGCUUUCAUCCCCAACAUUUGAGAACUUGGCAGUUUCUGAUGACCCAGAAGUUAUAUAUACAAAUUUAUGGUGAUUGAAUGCAUUUAUGAUAAUUAGUUUGUGGUGGUGAUUCAAAGUAGCAUAAAUAUGUAUAUCAAUUGGCUGAAAAAAUAAGUGAAGGUAGUUGUGGACCAGUUUAUAAAGCUUUGCACAAAUCGACAAGAGCGCGGGUUGCUAUUAAAAUUUUGCAAUUGAAUAGCGAUGAUCUUGUUUCUGCUCACAAAGAUAUGGCGGUUUUACAACAAUUCAGAAACUUCAAUAUUGUGGAGUGCUUAGGAUCGUAUAUAAAAAAUAAUGAUCUCUGGAUUGUGAUGGAGUAUUUUGAUGCCGACACCGUUCGAGAUUUGUUGAAGUUAAUGAAAAACCCUUUUGAUGAAAUUAAAAUAGCAGCCAUUUGCAGACAAAUUUUGAGGGCAAUUGAUUAUUUGCAUGAUAAUAGGGUAGUCCAUGGAAACCUGGAAGGGAAAAAUGUACUCAUAGACCGAAAGGGGACUGUUAAACUUAGAGAUGCAAUGCUAUCAGCCAUUUUGCAGAAAUGAUUUCCGAAGCAGGCUGCUAUAAGUCCUUAUUGGAUGCCACCUGAGACUAUAAUAAAACAGAGUUUUUAUAAAUCAUCAGAUAUAUGAAGCCUCGGAGUUACUGCGAUUGAAAUGGCCGAAGGAUCAGCACCUUAUUCUGCUCUUCCUUCUGAAAGAGCAGUAGCCAGCAUCAGAAGACGCCCUGCACAGUCUUUAACUGAGCCGCAUAGAUGAUCAGACGUAUUUAAUGAUUUUAUAUCAAAAUGCUUACUCCCCCUCCCUUAGUGAGUGAACAAAAAAAUUUUUUGCAAGCGCGAAGCUGUUAAUUUAUUUAUAUAUAAAUCCUAUAAAUAAAUUCUAUUAUGAAAUUUAAAAAAAAUCCCAAUUUUUGAAAAUGGGAAAGCUAAAUUUGGAAAAUUUGUGUCUAAAAAAUACAAGUUGUUUUAAAAACUAGCAUCAUUUGUAUAUCAAAAUUUUUUUAAAAAAUUUCGUUCACUCACGGAGGGGAGGGGGUUAGUGAUUGAGCCAAACCAGAGAGCAACAGCUAAGGAGCUGCUGAUUCAUCCUUUUAUUGCAGGAGCAAAAGGUCCUGAGCUUUUAAGAGAACUAUCAGCCAAUUUCCAAGGAAAAGAUAAAAAGAGAAAAGAUUUUCUCAGUUUCAAGGAAGAAGAUUGCAAUGAAUGCGACGAAGAAGAAAAUAUGGAGUCUGUGUUUACAAAACUGGUGAAACACACAAAGCUUAUUAAAGAAUUCAAGCUCCACUCACAAAGAAGCCCGAAAACCUCCCGCUUUCUCAAGAGUCAGCUGCCUUUUCAAGGCUCAGUGCUUUCCAGUCAAAGGAAUAAUAACAAAUUUGAUUCUUCAAAAAUGAGUGAAAAUGAACUUUUGAAGAUCGCUGACAGAUAA